GGUCACAAUUGCAUUAUUCAUUAUCGGUGUCUCGUCAAGCUUUGCUGCAGACGGAGGGGAUAGUAUGUGCCACGGAGAACAAGCGUUGCUUUACAGCAAACCAUUUAGGGAUUUAUUACAGACAGAUAGCAGAUAGUAUCGCAGCAGAACAAUAUAUUUAAGAGGAAAUCAAGCGUGAUUUUAGACGAACAGUCUAAUAUACUUGAACGAAGACUUUACACGUGCAACAAAUUUUCGAAAUUUUCUAGGUCGAGGUUGUGCCGUGUUUCUUGCAAAAAUGCCAGAAAAUGAGAUACCGAUAUCCGAAUUGAAAAAUUUAACAGCCAUUCCGAUGGCGGAGGAAACAACAAAUGAUAGAAAUAGAAAUUCUGAGCUUACUUACGGCAUCGAUGAUGCUCCGCCGUGGUAUCUGUGUUUAUUCAUGGCAUUACAGCAUUACUUAACUAUGAUUGGUGCCAUUGUUUCCAUUCCAUUCAUUCUAACACCAGCAUUAUGUAUGGCCGAAGAUGAUCCCGCGAGGAGUCACAUUAUUUCUACGAUGAUUUUUGUCACUGGUUUAGUAACGUUCAUUCAAACUACCAUAGGAUGUAGAUUGCCAUUGGUGCAGGGCGGUACCAUAUCAUUCUUGGUACCAACUCUGGCGAUACUGAAUCUGCCGCAAUGGCAAUGUCCCGCACCGGAAGUUCUUGAGCAAAUGUCCCACGAAAACCGAACCGAGCUCUGGCAAAUUCGAAUGAGAGAACUGUCGGGUGCCAUCACUGUUUCUGCCUUAUUUCAAGUGAUCAUCGGGUUUGGAGGUAUCGUGGGAUAUUUGUUGAAAUUUAUAACUCCCCUAACAAUCGUGCCGACAGUUUCACUAGUUGGGCUAUCGCUCUUUGAAAACGCUGCGGAUGCAGCAUCUCAGCACUGGGGUAUCGCAGUUGGAACGGUAAUACUAUUAACGACAUGCUCUCAAGUAAUGGUCAACGUUCCAUUUCCGUUCAUAACAUAUCGCAAAGGUCAAGGAUUCCAAAUUAUCUGGUUCGAAUUGUUCAAACUUUUUCCGGUUUUGCUGACGAUAAUCGUCAUGUGGAUAAUCUGCACUAUACUAACGAUAACCGACACGCUACCGUUCGGUCAUCCCGCCAGGGCGGACACCAAAUUGAAAAUUAUAAACGAUUCACCCUGGUUUCGGGUACCGUAUCCCGGACAGUGGGGCGUACCUACGGUAACAUUGUCAGGCGUCCUCGGUAUGCUAGCGGGAGUAAUGGCGUGCACGGUCGAGUCCAUCAGUUACUAUCCAACCACCGCGAGAAUGUGUGGAGCACCGCCGCCACCGGUCCACGCGAUCAAUCGUGGUAUCGGCAUAGAGGGUCUGGGUACGAUGCUGGCUGGACUUUGGGGUAGCGGCAAUGGCACAAACACGUUCGGCGAGAAUGUCGGCACGAUAGGGGUCACCAAGAUCGGUAGCCGCAGAGUCAUACAGUGGGCCUGCUUUUUGAUGAUCCUGCAAGGCGUGAUCAGCAAAUUCGGUGCGGUAUUCAUCAUAAUUCCCGAGCCGAUAGUCGGCGGAAUAUUCUGCGUGAUGUUCGGCAUGAUUUGUGCUUUCGGCUUGGCGGUUUUGCAAUAUGUAAAUCUUAAUUCCGCAAGGAACUUGUUCAUCCUAGGCUUGUCCAUGUUCUUCCCUCUGGUCCUGUCGAAGUGGCUGAUCAAACAUCCGGAUACGAUACACACGGGAAACACUGUGGCGGAUAGCGUAUUUACUGUACUGCUCAGUACUACUAUUCUAGUAGGUGGUGUGUUGGGCUGUUUUCUGGAUAAUAUCAUCCCAGGAAAUGCAAAGGAUCGUGGAUUGGAGGCUUGGGCGAAAGAAAUGGAACUAAACGGUGGCGCGGCUGAAAAACAAACUGACGAAGCUUCCGGUACUGCAGAGUACGUCCGAAAUACUUUUGAUUUCCCGUUCGGGAUGAAUCUGUUAAGGAGUUGGAAAUGGACAUUUUACAUACCGUUUUUACCUACUUAUCAAAAAUCAUAAAUACGCGCGCGCAUUAGGAGUAAAUAAUGCAACUAUACUUUGCGCAUGCAUACGCCUAUGCUGCGUUGCAAGAUAUGAUCUUUAAUCGAAAAAAUAUAAUAUAUAAAAAGACAAAUGUGAUAUCACAGUUAUAAACAUUUUACAACGCACGAGUCUUAGUUUCAGUCAUUAGCUUUGUUGCGGCAUUAUAAAAAUAUAUAUAAUUUGAUGCGUGAGGUUCAUUAAGAUAAUUGAUAGCCUACGAAAAUAAAGAUGAUUAUAGUUAAAUAAGAAUUCAGUACACGAGCGGACAAAAUACCUAUUAAGCAUACUGUCUGGGUAUGAGUAAUAAUAUCCGCAUGUGUAUGUAUAUUAAAGAUCGACAAUAUUUUUUUAGCAAAACAAAAGAUGUUUUAUAUAAUUAAAUGAAAUAUAUAUUUAAUACAAAUUUAAUAAAACAUUUAGUAAAUAUUUAGUAAAACUAAAGAUUAAUAUAAUUUUGUAUAUUUUAUCGGGAAAUAUACAGUAUUUUACAUAGCACAUAAUAUUACUGUAAUAAUUACGUGCUAUGCGGGAUAUGUGCCCACCCUCCCAGACAGCCACAAAAUACUAAAAGAUGACGAAAAGACGUCUUUUUUAAGUUGUCUUUUAGGUAAGACUAAAAGAUGACUAUAAGACAUGUUUUAGACGUCUUUGAGCUGUCUGGGCUCUCAGAAAAAAUUUCUGAUAUCAAGACAAAAAAUAUUCUUGACAUAUUUAAUCUUAUUACAAUUUCAUGUAAUAUAAAAAUAAAACAACAUUAAGAUUAAAUCAGAAAUUUCUAUCUUCAGGUCAAUCUAUAAUUCUUAAAUUGUCGCAAAUCUAGAAUAUCAUAAGAUUGUCACAAAUUUAGUAAAUUAUUUUAAAAAAAUUAAUAAGAUAGCAUAAAAAGUCAUUUUAUUCUAGAUUUAAGAACUUUCUAUUUAAGAAUAAAAUACUCCUUCUUUGAUAAUAAAUAUGAUUGGCAUUAUAUCAAUCCUAUUUUAUGAUAGAUCGAAGAGUAAUAUAUAGCAUUAAGUCCAGAAAUCUUUUCUGUGGGUGCAUAGAGCAUAGAACAUUGCAGCAACUUCACAAUGUUCUGAAUAUUACUGAAAUUUUAUAGAUAUUCUGUAUAUUAAUUCUUCAAAUUCUGGUUUUUUAUUUUUACGUUACAAAUAAAUAAAGUUGCAUUAAAAAUAA